UCGCGGCAGGCCAGCACGGAGACGCUGGACAGCCCAACUGGAUCCCACGUGGAAUGGUGUAAACAGCUGAUAGCUGCAACCAUUUCUAGUCAGAUUUCAGGGUCCGUCCCAUCAGAAGGUGUGUCCAGAGACUACAGGGUGUACAGGAGGCCUGUUAUACGGGCACUGCGGGAUGGAAACAAACUAGCACAGAUGGAAGAGGCUCCACUUUUUCCUGGAGAAUCGAUCAAAGUUAUUGCUAAAGAUGUUAUGUAUAUCUGUCCAUUUAUGGGAGCAGUCAGUGGUACACUAACAGUGACGGACUUCAGAAUGUAUAUCAAAAGUGUUGAAAGGGACCCACCUUUUGUUGUUGAUGUUCCCCUUGGAGUCAUAAGUAGAGUUGAAAAAAUUGGAGUACAGAGCCAUGGAGACAACUCAUGUGGUAUAGAAAUAGUUUGCAAGGAUAUGAGAAAUUUGCGGCUGGCCUAUAAACAGGAAGAGCAGAACAGGUUGGAGAUUUUUGAAAACCUUGUAACACGUGCAUUUCCUGUUUCUAAUGGGCUGCCUCUUUUUGCAUUCAGCUAUAAAGAAAAGUUUGCUGUUAAUGGCUGGAAAGUGUAUGAUCCAAUGGCAGAAUAUAAGAGGCAGGGCUUACCCAAUGAGAGUUGGAAAAUAUCCAAAAUUAACAGCACCUAUGAGCUUUGUGAUACAUAUCCUGCUAUUCUCGUUGUGCCAACCAGUGUAAAGGAUGAUGACCUCUCAAAAGUGGCAGCAUUUAGAGCAAAAGGCAGAGUUCCAGUGUUAUCCUGGAUUCAUCCUGAGAGCCAAGCAACAAUAACACGAUGCAGUCAGCCAUUGGUAGGCCCAAAUGAUAAGCGUUGCAAAGAAGAUGAAAAAUAUUUGCAGACAAUAAUGGAUGCCAAUGCUCAGUCACAUAAACUUAUCAUCUUUGAUGCCAGACAGAAUAGUGUUGCAGAUACAAACAAGGCAAAAGGUGGAGGAUAUGAAAGUGAAAGUGCCUACCCAAAUGCAGAGCUGGUCUUUCUGGAAAUUCAUAAUAUACACGUAAUGAGAGAAUCCCUGCGUAAACUUAAAGAAAUAGUUUAUCCUACUAUUGAUGAGACUCGGUGGUUAUCAAAUGUGGACUCCACACAUUGGCUGGAAUAUAUAAGGAUGCUUCUUGCUGGAGCAGUAAGAAUUGCGGAUAAAAUUGAAUCUGGUAAAACAUCUGUAGUGGUACACUGCAGUGAUGGUUGGGAUCGAACUGCACAGCUUACUGCGCUAGCUAUGCUUAUGCUGGACAGCUAUUACAGAACUAUCAAGGGGUUUGAAGUUCUUAUAGAGAAAGAAUGGAUAAGUUUUGGACACCGAUUUGCAAUGCGAGUAGGACAUGGAGAUGAUGAUCAUGCUGAUGCAGACCGAUCUCCCAUUUUCCUUCAGUUCAUCGAUUGUGUUUGGCAAAUGACAAAACAGUUUCCUGCAGCCUUUGAAUUCAACGAGUUAUUUUUGAUCACCAUUCUGGAUCACCUUUACAGUUGUCUCUUUGGGACUUUCUUAUGCAACUGUGAAAAAGAGAGAUUAAAAGAGGAGGUGAGCACAAAGACGAUAUCGCUGUGGUCCUAUAUAAACAGCCAGUUAGAUGAGUUCACAAAUCCUUUCUACGUAAACUAUGAAAACCAUGUCCUGUAUCCUGUUGCCAGUCUGAACCAUUUGGAGCUAUGGGUGAACUACUACAUAAGAUGGAACCCAAGGAUGCGGCCUCAGGUUCCAAUCCAUCAAAAUCUUAAAGAGCUCCUUGCCAUCCGGACGGAGCUUCAGAAGAAGGUUGAAGAUUUGCAGCGGGAGGCUGCUACACGAUCCAUUUCUUCCUCCUCUGAUCGAGGUUCAUCUCCUUCCCAUUCAGCCACACCAGUGCACACCUCUGUGUGAUGUGUAACAAAAGCCAUGUGAAAAAAUUUGUGUCAGGUAAUACGGAGAGGAGGGUGAAAUGCUUUUCCCGUCACAAAAGGAUUGUGAGUGACUUGUAAUUGCUAUGAUCUACAUGCCUUACUCUGUGUCUGAUAUUAUCAUGAUGAGGCCAAAAAGAGCUUCAAUAGAUGUGAUGUAUUUUCUUGUUGGCAGUUCCCACAUGUGUUUUGACAUCUCUAGCUAAAUCACCAAUUGUGAAAUUAAACUUUGUUUUGAGCAACUAACAAUUUAACCAUCCUGAAAAGGAAUCCAUCUGCCAAGCAGACAGAAGAAUGCCUCUCAAACUGCCUAGGGUACCAUGCCUGCUUGAAAGAAUCAGAUUAAAUGCCACAUGAUGCUUACACAGAACACAGAACGUUUUUCUGAAUGGGAGCUCCUUAUUUCACUCAGUAAUAUAUAUUUGGGUUUUUUUGGCUAGAGGAAUUUAUUUUUUUUAGGUAAUUAAUGCACUUGGAAAGUGAUUUUAAAAUAAAUGUUUUCCAGUGUAGUCAGUUUUACAUUUCGACUAAAUAUGCCAUUAAAAGUGGAUGAAGUUAAGCUGGGUUUAUUAAGUACACCACACUGACUUGUAUGAUGUAAUAUAUUUGGUAAAGCAUGUAUUUUAGGUUUUUUAAUGCCUUUUGUACAAGUUGAAAUAAAGUCUUUUGACUGUUUAGCUUAUUGUUCAGUUUCAGCCUCCUGAGCGAGGGGUAAACUUAUUCAUGUCAAGGUCUUGUACAAAGUAAAGUUUGUUUUCUAGCAAAUGGUAAUAUUUGGGGUUGGAAUGACACCCAGCUGUGUAAAUUGUAUAGUCUGUAUAGCUCCACAUUUUGUUAAGCGUGUUUUGUUUUAAAGUGUACACACAAAAUGCAAAGCUGUGUCGAUUUAUACACAUGUGUAUGUGAUGUUAAACAUAUGCAUACUCCCGUGGUUUUCAGCUGUAAGUUCAGAAAAUGAAUCCUGCCUUUCCAAACUCUUUUGAAGACCUUAACUUGUAAUGACUUUGUUUGACAAAGUUUUUAAAUAAUAUGAUCUUAAUUGGUUUUCUUGAAAUAAAGCCUCUUGGCUUUUUGUUUUUUAAAUUGCUGCUAGCAUUUUUUUCUGUAAAGUGAAUAAUUUAACUGUGUUUUCCUACAAAAUAUACAUUCCCAACUUUCUUUCAUCUCCCCCCCGCCAAAUAUUCAUAUCAGAGAAAUUUGAUUACUCUAACAUCCAACCUUUAAAAAAUUAUUCAGUGGCCUUCUUGGAAGGCCCGGAAAUGGUGCAUGCUGAAAAUUUUCCCUGAAUUGUUUUCUUUGCUGUGUUUCAUGAGAAUCUGGCUCUUCUUCUUAGGGCAUUUAAAUACUGCAGCUCUGCUUUUUGACUCGUGCUUGUAUUGCUCCAAGUUCUGCUGGUGGGAAUUAAGCCCUGUUCUUAAGAGCCGGUUGAUUCUAUAUGCUGAUUGUGGUUUUUACUGUCUGUGAAUAUUCAUUUAUUACUGCACAUUUGUUCUUAAUAUGCGAUGGCGCUUUUCUGUUUCUCUGCAUUCAUGUAUGUAGCGUACAGUUAAUGAGUAAGGUGAGCCGCUGAGCACUUCUGCAACUUCAACUGGAAAGGCUAAUGUGCUGUAUCCAGUCUUACAAGUCUACUGUGCAGUGCAGGGUAUUUCAGCAUGUCCUUUUUAUUGUAGUGAAUGCUUUUUAUAAUAGAUACUCACCUACAAGAACAAAGUUCAGGAAGGCUUGCAAUGUUGCAUCUCUUAAUCAACCUCAGGCUUUUUAUAAAUAGAUGAAAGAUGUUUUCCUGUAAAAAUGGUUCUGCUGAACAGUGUGCCAGCAGUGAAUUCUACAUUGCCAAAAUAUGUUGAGCUGGUGUUGAAUUAAGCUCUUCCAUACUUUGGAUUUCCUUGACAUUUUAACUGUAUA